AUGGCCACGCCGAUCGCACCACCGAUGGCCGUGAUGAUGGCGAUUCUGCUAAUGGUCGCGGCGUCCACUGCGCACGACGGCCAAUACGCGCCUGGCCCUCACCACCACCACCACCACCACCAUGCAGCGGCGCCGGGUCCUCAUCACCCCCAUGGUCAUCACUCCCUGGCACCGGCGCCAGGUCCUCGUCACGGACAUCACCCUCACCCUCACCAUCGCCAUCACGCCCCGGCCCCCGCUCCUAUUCAUGAGAGCCAGCCGACCGGAGCUCCUAGUCCCGACAACUAUGGCGGGCUCAACUCUCCAGCACCGGCACCAGUAGAUGUCGACCAUCUGGGCAACGCUCCGGUGCCUGCUCUGGUUGAUGGCAACCAGCCCGCCAGCGCGCCGAGCCCGUACACCAAUGGCGUCCACGAGGCCGCUCCAGCUCCGGCUCCUGAAAGCCAGGAGGUGCUUUGCGCUCCGACUCCGUACCAACAUGGCGGCGACGACGCUCCAGCGCCAACGCCAACUCCAGUUCACGGCAACCAGCCGGCCAGCGCUCCUAGUCCGUACCACCAUGGCGAACACAACUCUCCAGCGCCGGCGCCGGUUCAUGACAACCAACCGGCCAGAGCACCGGCUCCAGACAACCAAGGCGGCAACAACGCUCCAGCGCCGGCGCCGGCCCAUGCCGAACAGCCGGACAUAGCUCCAAGCCCGCUUCUCCAAGGACAAGACGCUCUGACUCCGUCUCCGGCGACGGUUGCCCCAGCGCCGCACCGCGACCACACUCCGUCGCAAGGGAAGCCACCAGCUCACGCCCCGGCUCACGUUGGUGAAGAGGCUCCCCAACCAAGUGGUUUCGCGCAACCCCCGGCUUCUGAUUCGCGCUACUACUACCCCUCGUCCGCCCCCGCGCCGGCACCGGAAAGCUCUGCUGCUGCUGUCGCCGUCGCUGGUCGAUCAUCGACGCUGCUCGCCGGCGCGGUUGGCGUGUUCUUGUGCGCAUCCGUGCUUAUUGUUUAG